AUGGAGUUCCCAGUCAAAGCACUGCCCAGCACCCCGCCCAGGGACUCCAAGAAGGCCGGUUCGGUGCCGUCUUCAUUCACAGAUCUCACCAUGGGGCUUAAAAGAAAGGCCAGUCAUGAUGAGACGGAGCACAGAAAGCGACAGAGAGUCGAUGAGUCCAGGAAAGACAUGCUCAGCAGGUUGAAGCAGCUCCUGGAAGAAGCUGGAGGAAGCCCGCCCAAGAAGAAGAUGAAGACGGACCAUAAUGAGCCGACUUCUGUCCAUGAGGACUCUUCCUCAACACAACCAGUUCCAGAAAGUUCUAGUAAAGGUAUGAAGAGGAAGCGUUCCGCAGAAGAAGCAGGUCCACAGAAGAAACGUGCUCCGGGGAAAGAGGGAAAGAAAAAAAAUGUGAAGGGCAGCAUAGUGGGGGAGCAAAGGGCUGCGUUUCACGCCAAAUACGAGGAGCUGGGCCGACUUGGAGCAGGAAGCUAUGGGCAAGUGUUUGAAGGGCGACGCCGGGCCGAUCAUCUUCCGGUCGCCAUCAAGCGCAUCAAGAAGAAGAAUAUCUACGGUACACAAUUAGAUGACAAAGGGAAGCCGUUGGCGACGGAGUUGGUCAUCAUGCUUAAAUUGGCAGGUGGAGCGGCUGGAUCAGCGCCCGUGGUCCUGCUGGACCACUACUACCUGAAGAAUGAGCUCAUCCUGGUUCUGGAGAGACCUGCCCCGUGCGUGGACCUGAUGGAAUACGUGGAGCUCCAUGGAGGCUCAGUGCAGGAGGAGGAGGCGAAGGUCAUCAUGAAACAGCUGCUGGCGGCCACAGUGGAACUGGAGCGAGAGGGCGUCUUCCACCGAGACAUCAAACUGGACAACAUCUUGAUCCAGACCGGUGGAGACGCCCUCCGUGUGCGCCUCAUCGACUUCGGAAUGAGCAGCUUAGUGAAGCCCGGCGCCGUCCACAAAGCCUACAUGGGUGCCAGCGCCUACAAGCCUCCAGAGUUCCAGACCAGCAGGGAGUAUUCAGCAGGACCCACCACAGUGUGGCAGGUUGGGGCAGUCCUGUACGAGCUGGUCCACCAGGGGACAUUUGACACCCCCCUGUUCCUCUCAGGGGAAAUCCACAUCAGGACGGGGCUGUCUGACGGUUGUGAGGAUUUCUUACGGUGCUGUUUAGCGAUCGUCCCAGGUCAAAGAGCCACACUGCAGCAGCUCCAGCAGCACCCUUGGCUCCAGUAG